GUACCAUUCACUCCACCACACUCAAUUUAGAACAAACUACUCGCUUUUCAUGCCAAUGUACGAUUACAUCUACGAUACACUGGACAAAUCUUCAGACACAUUAUACGAAAAAUCACUUGAAAGGCAAGGCAAGUCGCCCGAUAUGGUGCACCUAACACACUUAACAACCCCAGAAUCCAUUUACCAUCUCAGGCUAGGAUUUGCUUCUUUUGCCUCGGAACCUUACACAUCUAAGUGGUAUUUUUGGUUAAUGUGGCCUGUUACAUUGUGGUCUAUGAUGGUUACUUGGAUUUAUGGUCACACAUUUACUGUUGAGAGAAAUGUGUUCAAGAGUCUGAAUUUGCAAACUUGGGCGAUCCCAAAAUAUCGCAUACAAUAUUUUAUGCAAUGGCAAAGAGAGACGAUUAACAAUUUAAUUGAGGAAGCUAUCAUGGAAGCAGACCGAAAAGGCAUAAAAGUACUGAGCCUUGGACUCUUAAAUCAGGAGGAGCAACUGAAUAAUAAUGGUGAGCUUUACAUAAGAAGGCAUCCUGAGCUCAAAGUGAAGGUGGUUGAUGGAAGUAGCCUAGCUGUUGCUGUGGUCCUAAACUCCAUUCCUAAAGGAACCACACAAGUGGUCCUUGGAGGCCAUUUGUCGAAAGUUGCAAAUGCCAUUGCCCUUGCCUUAUGCCAAGGGGGAGUCAAGGUCGUGACAUUGCGAGAAGAAGAGUACAAGAAGCUCAAAUCAAGUCUUACCCCUGAAGUCGCAGCUAAUUUGGUUCCCUCAAAAACAUAUGCUUCAAAG